CGCGGUGUCACCUGUGGAAGAAGCGGAAGAGGAGUCUGGUGAAGACGAGGAAAGAACAAGUCCCAUGGAAUCACCUAAGGUAUGACAUUAUAUCUCCUUGUAGAAAUAACCAAGCCAUGUGGAACCUUGUGAUUGACUAUGGUACAGAACGUUGCGGUUGCCAUGGUGAUAAAAGAAGCUCUAUAUGAUCAAAUAUUAUAAUAAAUGUUGAAGAAAGCUUUACAAGUUUCCCCAUUCUUGUUCUGAAUUGAAUUAAAUCCUCGUAAAAAUCACAUUCACGACCCAUGUUUUAAUAUUUUGGUCUAAAAUCAUCGGUUACCUAAUUUUGCAAUACAACUCCUGAUGUACUCGAGGGAUGACGUCAUCCCUCAACAAGUGAAGAUACUCCUAUGGCUCACAUAUUAACGUGGUACAUUAAUGCAUUAAUGGCUUUUUUAAACACAAUGCAUGGUCUGCCAAAGCUGAUUGUUCCUUGUCUAAGUUUGAAAUCGCCUUUUGGUGUUGCCUUACGUAUACCAAGUUGGCGAUAUAAAUAAGAAGUUAAAGAAUAUAUAAUUUUUUUAAUGCAACUGUAGUCAAAAACACCGCCUCGAAAACGAACGAAGCGUGAUCUCCCCGAAGACGUUUUUGAAGAGUCGCCUCAAGUUGAGUCAGAAAAUGUAAGUAUUUGAUAUUUCUUGACAAAAUGUGUUUUUUUUUUAAAUGACUAAUUGGGAAUUAUGAAAUUAACAAAAAAAUUUUUUUUUGAAAUGACUAAUUGGGAAUUAUGAAAUUAACAAAGUAUUUAAAACAUUGUGUAUAAGGGUGUAUUACAUUUGUAUCAUAACAACCUUAUGAAUUUCACGGGCAUUGUGAGUUUUUGUUUUCUAUCAACUUUGAGGGUUGUUUCCCAUCAAACAUAACACAAAGCAAAACAUUUUAGAAUGGCCACGUCAUCUUAAUGUUAAGUUCCUAGUAAUUUUCAUAGUGAUAGACUCGGCAAAGCAAACAACUGUCACAACAGAAUUGAAGCUUGGCACUGUCUCACAUUCAGGAAACGACCACAUAUAAUUACUAGCAGUGUAGAAAUCCUUAAAUACAAUCGCAUUUCAGGUGGCUCCCGACAGGGAAAAAUAAAGUCGUCACACUAUAUAAAUAUUGAAACAACAGGGAAAAAUAAGGGAAAGUAAUAAGAAAAUAAUAAGAAAAUAAUAAGAAAAUAAUAAGAAACAACAGGGAAAAAUAAAGUCGUCACACUAUAUAAAUAUUGCGUUGUUAAUGCAAAAUCAAGUCCUUUUUGGAGGUAUAAACGGAGGCAUAAAAUAUUUCGGAAAUUUCGUCGGGAUCAGUUUUCACCGUUUCACUUCCAGACUGCAUGUGUCUUUCUUAUUCAAUGUUGCAGUCCUUCGUGUAGUUUGGAAGUAUUACUGAGAUUUCAUGCCGAUAUUUUUCCAAAUUUGUCGGAAGAUAAACGAUUAUUAAAUGGCAUAUCCAUGUUUGUUUUGCUAUCUAUUUGGAUUUAAAACUUCAGGGGCAGGUUGUUCAAAGCUGGAUUAGUAUACUAACACUAGGUUAAAAUUUAACCUGUUGUUUUGGUUUGUGUAUUUGGGUUCUGCAAAGUCUCUUUCCUUGAAAACAUAGGAAAAUAAGACCUGUGUUGAUCCAGACAAUAUUUCUGGAAAAACUAAGUUUACAAACAAGCUGUUGGGAAGAUUGCUUACCUGUUGGGAAGAUUGUUAACCCAGGAUUAAGCUAACCAACUUUCGAACAACCGGCUGCCGCAUAAUUCCCGCACCGCGCAAUAUUUUCCCGCAGCACACAAGACUUUCCCAGCAAGCGCAAUACGUCAUUUUCGUUACCAAUCUGUCUCCAUUCUAACAACUGUAGGGAGCCACUUAAGAACAAUUACCAUCACAUAACAAAACUGUUUAUAUAAAUUGCCGGUUUCACUUGUACAAAACAAUAUCAUACUAAUUACCCUUUUUAUCUGUAAAUUUAAUCCUCGAGUCUAAAGUUCAUCAAUACUAGUUGGGUGGUAGAGUGGUGGUAGGUGGGUGGUCAUCCUCACUGAUGUCAAAAUAUAGCGGACUGUCAUGAAUAUAGAACACUGAUUGGUUAAAUUUAAAAAUUGCAUUAUAACGACUGCAUGACGACAGCGAAAUAACAAACAUUUCUUGCAAAUAUAUUUCAUUUUUGCAAGAUUUUGUAAAUUUCAAAAGCUUUUUGAGAAAAAAAAGCCGAGAGACUCACGGCUCAAAGAAGGGAGCAAAGACGCCAACGUUAAUAAUGAAUUUAAGUUUGUUUUAAAUAUUGAUGUAUUGUUUGCUUUAUAAUUGUUUUAAAAACUGAUCCUUGCGUAUACAAUGAAAAAAGACUGCAUAAUUUCAGACAUUCUAUAUUUAUUGAUUACCGGCCUUUUAUUAUUAUAAAAUUUUCGGAAAAUAUCUUUGUUAAAAGUUGAAAAUUUUCAACUUCAAUUUUUUUCCGACGGAAAAUGUGUGUCGGCCAAUCACAUGUUACAAAAUUGUCUUUCUGCGGAAAAUUCUCCUGAGAGGAAAUGAAACUCCUUUUUUAGUCUGUGUCAGGAAAAUUUAUAUAAUUUUAAUAAGGAUUUUAUUCACUCAAUUUGUUUUUCGUUAAGCUUAUAUCGUCAAUACAAAUUAUAUGCUAAUUUUUAACUUUUCCGUUUCUUUAAGGAUGAUGAUCUACCACAUGGUUUCGAUGUAUGA